GCCUCUGGAACCUUGAAUGGAACCCAUCAUAUCCAUGCCUCCUCUUUGGAAGGCUUUUUUUCCUUCGCCCACACCGGAAUCACAACCAGACACACACACACCCAUGGUCAAUCACACAAUCCCAUCAUCAUGAUCCGCAUCCCAGGCCAACCCACGCGGACCGCCCGAGUCCUGACACCCCAAACUCCAGGCGCAGCGCUGCCGAACUGUGCCCCAUCACCCAUUCACCCAUCAUCCCUCUCCAGCUGGGGUCGCUGGCUGAGGGGGACGUCCCUUUGCACAGUCGCAUCGCAGACUAGCCCGCAUCCGGCUAGAUCGGUCCAAGCGUUUCGUUCCUUCCUUCCCCCAAUGCCAUCUGCCUGCCCUUCUCCCUCUCCUCGCAAUUCACUCUGCUGCCACCCUCCUCCCGCCUGCUCUCUCGCGCCGCCUCCCAUCCCCGCCGUAUUCUUCCACCUCACGCUCUCGUCCCAUCCCCAUCUUCAUCAUCACUUCGACGCGCGCCCGCCCGACCCUUUAUCGCUCGACCCGCCACUGCUCCUCCUUUGUCUGAACUCACCGUCGACGCCUCCCAACCUCUGCUCGCCCACCCCCUCUCUCUCGCCUCCACUGCGAUCGCUUCGCAUGGCCUCGACUCUCCGUGACGAAAGAAUCACUUUCUCAUGAUAGGCGCUCCAUCUGGCUCGUCGUCUGGUGUCCCUCCAUCCCUUUCGAGCCCCCGCUCACUCGCUGUCCGUCGCCGUUCCGCCACGACAGCCUCAUCUCUGCCCGCUUCUGACCCUCAGCGGCACCUUCCCCUUCUACAACGCAGAUCCAUCUCAC